AUGGCAAACGCAAGAAACAGGAAAGCAAGAACCGGAAGAAGCAGCCAAUAUACAGAACGAGCCAGCACACCGUUUUCUCAUACGGUUGGCCCCGGAAUUAGGCGCCUCGAUUGCUUGCUAGCCGCCGGAUUAAUCUUUCCCUACCCCAAGGCUCAGGUUUUAGUGGGAUAUGAUGAAGCUAAAAGUAGGCGACUUCCGUUCUAUAGGGAUGUUAAGCCUGAAGACUGCCGUUCAGGCUCAGGUCUUCCACAUUUGGUUGCUCAAGCGAAGUUUGCAGCCAUGAACAUGCAGACUGAAGAUGUCAAGCCUCGUCCACCAGUUGAAGUCAGACGAAGUAGAUGGGUUCUUGGUGAUGUAACCGAGGUGUUGGAUCAUAAUUCGUGGAGGCUUGGGAAGAUUACAGAAGUGCUGAACAAUGACUGUUUUGUCAUCAGGCUAGCGGGUUGCAUCCAACCAAGAGAAUUCCACAUAUCUUGCUUGAGAAUUCCACAUGAUAGCAAGCAGUUGACUGUAGGAGACAGGGUCAUUCAACUGAAUCAACCAAUCCGAUUUGCUGACUGCUCCUCUCAUCACUCAAAAUUUGUGAUGGAACAGGACCAUCAAGCCUAUGAAGAGGUUGCUCACCAUGCUAAGAGGAAAGCAGCCAAUAUUUGUGCUUCCACUGGUGCUAGAGCUGUCAAGAGAAAACUAGAAGCGAGUAGGAUUCCACCUAAUGAUUUAGUUAGAAGAACAGGCAAGGAACGGAAAGUAUCUGCAUAUGAAUUUCGUCAGUUAACCAAGAAUGAGUUGCCUCUGAAGGUGUCUGCUAGGAAUGCUAUCGAUGGAGAUCACUUUCAUAGGCCUUUAAGUAGAAGAUACAAUGAUCUUACCAAGAACAUUUCUGAGAUAAAAACAGUUUGCAAAGUUCUUCCUUUGUCUGAGAAACCUUUGCGCAUCAGAGAAGAGAACGAGUGCUCAGUGGCUAGUUGCAGCGCAAAUUACUACUGUACCAUUGAUAACCAACAAUCAGUCGGGACCGGCAGUUGUUUCCCUGAUGAUGUUAUGUCUGCAUGUCAAUCUGGGCAGGAGAUUAAGAACGCCUAUGGCUCUGGUUUAUUUCUGAAUGUCCAUGAGCUGGAGCUGCAAGCAUACCAAUCCACCGUCAGAGCUUUCCAUGCUGCAGGACCUCUGACAUGGGAGCAAGAGUCACUCCUGACAAACCUGCGCCUCUCGCUCAACAUCUCGAAUGAGGAGCACUUGCUUCAGUUGAGGCAUCUCUUAUCUCUUUGA